GUCACUCAAAUAAAUAUUAUGUUUUCCAAAUUUAGGCAAAUGACAAAAGCAAUCCUUUUAACCAUGGUUAAAAAAAACAGACAAACCAUGAUUAGGGUUUUAACCAUGUAAAAAAUGGUAAGAGUUUUUUCAUAUAAAAGGAAGUAGAAUGCAAGGCAAAAACACAUUUCUUUUUCAAUUAAAGAUUAUAUUGUAGCAGUUUUUUCUAGUCAAUUCUCAUUAGGCUCUUAAAAAAAACAGGAAAAGGCAAAAAAAAAAAUUCAAAACCCCAAAAAUAAACAACAGUGCAACUUUAUUUUAUAUAUAUAUAUAUAUAUUUUUUUUUUUUUCCUUUUUUUUUGUCUGUGGCUUAUAAAAUUGGGUAAAAUCAAAAUUGAAGAGCUAAAAUCAUCAAUGGCGUCCCUGUGCUUUAACUCUCUGCAAAUGGGGCUUGCAUGAUUGAAGGCAGGGUCACAACUGGAGCUGUUGGCUAAUUCAGAUAUUGACAAUUGAUUCUUGUUGCUAUCAUCGGCUUAUAUUUAGAAAGAAGGAAAGCCAUCGGAGAGGCAUAGUAAAAAUGGAAUGUAACAAGGACGAUGCCUUUAGAGCUAAGGAGAUGGCAGAGAAGAAGUUCCUUGAGAGCGAUGUUGCUGGGGCAAAAAGAUUUGCAUUGAAGGCUCAUAACUUGUAUCCUGGGCUUGAUGGUCUUUCUCAAUUUCUGGCAACCCUUGAUGUGUAUGUCUCUGCCAAGGAAAGAAGAAAUGGGGAAAUAGAUUGGUACGGAGUGCUGGGUAUAGAACCACCAACUGAUGAUAACACAAUCAGGAAGCAAUACAGGAAGCUGGCUAUCAUUCUUCACCCUGAUAAAAAUAAAUCAGUGGGUGCUGAAGGGGCUUUUAAGAUUCUAUCUGAAGCAUGGGGAUUGUUGUCUGAUAAAGCCAAGAGAAGCGCCUACGACCAGAAGCUGAAUUUAUGUGAUUAUCGGAAAUUUCCAAAUUACGUAUCGGCAAUGCCAACCGGUCAGAAUGGUUUGCAUAAUUUCUUCAACAAUAAUAACUCCACUUCAACAACUCGGAAUAGUGCGAUGCAUCCAAAGUCUGAUCCACCAUCUCAUUUUUCCAAACCUAGAACCUUUUGGACAAUCUGCAACUUUUGUAAAACACAAUUUGAGUACCUUAAUGCUUAUCUCAACCAGAACCUUCUUUGUCAGAACUGUCGUCAGCCCUUUUAUGCUGUUGAGAUGCCACCCCCACCUAUAAAUGGCAACAGUCCAUCCACUAAAUGCACUUCCUACACUCGACGAAAGAAUUCUUCUCAGCAUACAAUAACUGAAAAGUCAUAUGCUACAUUUAAGGACCCAGUUUCUAUGACAAAUAUGCAAUCUGCGGCUCAUUCAAGUGCAUUUGCUGAAGCAGGCAGUGUUGGAAGUGUGCCAUCAGUCGUUCCAAAACCCGCCAUCGGAGAGGAGUUCCUUCAGAGGAAAUUUCACACUUUUAAGGAAGCAGGCACUAGUUUAGCUAGUGAAUCCUCUAAUGCUGGUUUUGCUUCUACACCCAAAGUAGAUAGGCUGAAGAAGAAAAGGCGCGUUGAUGAUCAAAAGAUGAAUUAUAUGGCAAAUCAAAUGGCAAGCAGACACGGAGGAGUUGGUGAAUUUGGUAGCCGAAAGGGUGGUUUUGAAACUGGAAGGAGAACCAUUUCUGAUGUCAAUAAAUUUAAUCAGAUAAGAGAGCUGUCACAGAGAGAAAUUCGGAACAUAUUGACGGAGAAGGCUAAGAAGGAUAUUUGCAUGAAACUGAAGGACUGCAGGUCUCCGUCUGCUGUAUUAAAUAGCUCAGAGAAAGAGAUGGAGAAGGAAGAGAAAGGAAAGGAAAAGGCUUCUUCAAAUGGCACAAAAGUUGAUGGAAACAAAUGCCUGGUAGAUUCCAAAACUAGAGCUCAUGCAGAGCCUUUCCUUGCCAACUCAGACGUCGAUCCUGAUAUGAAGGGUGCUGAUCCAGUGUCAAUGACUGUCCCAGAUCCAGAUUUUCAUGAUUUUGAUAAGGAUCGGACAGAAAAAUCAUUUGGCGGUAACCAGGUUUGGGCUGCUUAUGAUGAUGAUGACGGGAUGCCUCGACAUUAUGCUAUGAUUCACAGUGUGAUCUCACGGAAACCACUCAGAAUGCGAAUCAGUUGGCUUAAUUCCAAAAACAAUCGUGAAUUGGCGCCAUUAAACUGGAUUGCUUCUGGUUUUUACAAGACCAAUGGAGACUUCUGGAUAGGCAAGCAUGAAAUUAACAAGUCUCUUAAUUCUUUUUCACAUAAGGUUAAGAAGUGGGCAAAGGGCAUUAGAGGGACCAUUCAAAUUUAUCCGAGCAAGGGUGAUGUGUGGGCUCAGUAUAGGAAUUGGUUGCCUAAUUGGAAUGAGCUUACCCCAGAUGAAGUGAUACACAAGUAUGACAUGGUGGAAGUGCUUGAAGACUACAACGAGGAGAGAGGUGUGCCUGUUGCUCCUCUUGUUAAAGUUGCUGGUUUUAAGACAGUAUUUCGCCGGGAUCCUGACACAAGUAAAAUCAAGGCAAUUCCAAGAGAGGAGCUGUUUAGACUUUCCCACCAGGUCCCUUCUUACUUUCUGACAGGUCAGGAAGGUCAUACUGCUCCGAAGGAUUGCUGGGAACUUGAUCCUGCAUCUAUGCCUAUGGAACUACUUGAAGUACUAACUGAAGCUCAGGUGAAAGAAAUGGUGGAGAAUGCUGAAAAGGCUAAGGAUCCACUUGCAGAUGUCAAAAAAUCUAAGAAAAUACAGUCGAUAGAAAAUGGUGAAACAACCAAGGAAAAGGGAGUGGUGGAAAACUCUGGUAAACGAAAUGGAGUAGAAGUGAGGAAGGAUAAGGGUAAGGAAACCAUGGGAGAGAAGGUAAUAGUGUACAAAAGGAGGGGAGAAAGGAACUAGGCCAUUUAAAGUUAUAGUUGGAAAAGGUAAAGAGGUUGAAAAGUGUAUACAGGAAAUAAUUUAGCAGUUGUUCUUUUUUAUCACAGCGGUGGGUUAUAGUUUUGUUUCUGUAGUUAUUGGAUGCCCCUGAGACUUAUCGCAGCCUGUAACAUGAAGAUUGUUUGGAAGGCUGAAUUCGCAUAGAGGGUACUGGGUAGGUUAGGAGCUUAACAUCCAGUAGGCUAAGUUCAUUAUUUGCUGCCCACCAUGCUUUUAAUUUUUUUUUUUUUUUCCUGAAUACCCUAUAAAGCAAUGUUCAUGCAGCUGGUCAAAUUUUUUUGCCUUAGGAGCUGCACUUCUAUUGAAUACACCUUAUAAAGGCUUUACAAUCUUCCCUUUCUUCUGCUGUGUUUGGUUGUUAAGUAGAACGUAUUCUCAUUUGAUUUCUUGCCACCAUCAUGCAACUUAACUGUCAUCUUGAAACGAAGAAUGUUGUUUAAAUUGUUUGCCUUAAUCUAUUUCAGUACUGGCAUGGAAAGUUAAGCAGUAGGGUGGUGACUAGGGACAGCUGGUUGAUAUAACACGAACCCUGAAGUUGAUGGUGACAUGUUCUCUCGUUUGCUAGGAGAAUGCAAUUUGGAAAUGUCACCUUUCAUGAAAAGUUAACAAAUUUUGAGCAAUAUGCAACACAAUGCUAUAAAGAAUCCUAAUAAUUAUUGCUAAACUCUCAUAUCAACUGUAAUUAGUUAAAAUAUAUAAAAAUAAUACUUAAUUUUAAAGAAUUUAUAAAUAAUAAAGAAAAAGAAGGGGGGGUUGGGGGUGCACAGGAUAAGCAAAAUAUAGGGGAAUCAUUCUCUUCCAACAGAAAGGACAGAAAUAAAAGAGUCCUAAUAAUCAACCAAAUCAAACGACCCUAAAUACAACACUCUCUCUUCCUCUUCAACCUUAUCCUUUCAUCUCUCCCAUCCAUUUCUAUCUCUCCCCCCCAAACCCAACAUCACACUCAGAGUCUCUCGAAACGCCAACAUUUGUCAAUCAAAAGAAAUUCGAUCAAAUCAAAAUACAAAUUUUUUUAAAAAAAUUAAAAAAUUAAAAAAAAAAAAAAA